AUGGUUGAAAGAGCGAAGGUGUUGGAGAGGAACGUAGUUGAGGUAGAACAACAGAAGAAACAACAAGUGGCUAGAGGGCCGAUCUUGUCUAGAAACAAUGCGAAUCCGAGAAGGACACCUUACGUUCAUCCAGCACAAUCAUCAAAUCAUAGUGGAUCGCAAGCAUUGGUUGCUGUCGGGCAGUCUGGGCAGCAGGGGAAUGUGACUUGUUUUCAGUGUGGGGCACCACAUUACUGUUCGUCAUGUCCUCAGCUAGUGGGAGGAAAAUACUGCACUUGUUGUAGGAGGAACGGACAUCUGGAGAAUGAGUGCAACAUGGGAGGACAAGCGGUGAUGAGACCACCGAACGCUGGAAGGAAUCAACCGAGAGGUGGAGGUAGAGCUCAAGCGGUUGGACGUGUAUAUGCCAUAACAGGGGCGGAGGCAGCAAGCUCAGCUGAGAGCGAGAUGCAGUUUGACUUGGUGGUGUCAACCCCAGCGGCUGGUGAGGUUAGGACGUCUACAGUCUGUGUUAGAUGUCCUAUUGAGGUAGAAGGGAGUAGGUAUAAGAUGAAUCUCAUAUGUUUACCUCUUAAGGAGUUAGAGGUGAUCUUAGGAAUGGAUUGGCUGACUAUCAAUCGCAUUCUCAUAGACUGUGGUGCUAAGGAGUUGGUUUUUCCUGGGAAGAUGAAGAAGUGUUAUCUGUGA